UCAAAGGAACCAUGGCAACAUUCCGAAAACAAGUUGCUUUUGAAUUUUCAAUCAAUUCGAAAUUCUACAUUUAAAGACCGAAUUGAAUAUAAAAAAAUAAAGCUAACAACAUGGACAAGCCACAGCUCAUUGAACAUUUGCACGAGUCCGUGAACUACACGGUGUAUGAUACAAAAUGGAUACCGCUAUCAGCCAAAUUUGUGGUGCUUGGCUCCAAGCCUAAUAGCCAUGGAAUUUUGGACAUUUACGAGCUGAACGAAGAUAAGUUAGAGAAAGUCAAGUCUGUGGAAAAGAAGGCGGCUUUCAAGUGUGGCACCUUCGGAGCCUCCUCGCUGCGCAACCGGCACAUGGCAAUUGGCGACUUUGAGGGACGGCUUCAAGUGCUAGAUCUGGAGCAUCCUGACCUAGCUGUAUAUAAUGUAAAGGCGCACAGUGGCAUUAUAAACUGCAUCGACGCAAUUGGCGGCACACAGCUGGAGUGUGGAGCACCGGAAAUCGUGACUGGUAGUCGAGAUGGAUCUAUCAAAGUGUGGGACAUACGCCAGGGCCAAGAUCCUGUUGUGGACAUAUCGCCGCCCUCGCAGAUGGGUGAUGGAAUCAACAGAAGCAAUCUCCGACGCGACUGCUGGGCGAUUGCGUUUGGCAACACAUACAACGAGGAAGAACGUCUCAUUGCAGCUGGCUACGACAAUGGGGAUUUGAAGCUUUUUGACCUGCGGGCCAUGGGCGUGCGCUGGGAGGCCACCAUUAGGAAUGGCAUCUGCGGCCUGGAGUUUGAUCGACGAGACAUACCCAUGAACAAGCUGGCGGUGACAACAUUAGAAGGUGGUCUCCUAGUCUAUGACAUGCGCACACAGCAUCCUACUAAGGGAUUCAGUUACGUGGAGGAACGCAAUGCGGGUCGCAGCGUAGGCACCAAUGGAGUCAUCACUGGCCCUAAAGCCACAGUCUGGACUGUUCGCCAUGUACCGCAAAAUCGGGACGUAUUCUUGACUGGCGGCGGAACCGGCUCUAUACGCCUCUGGAAAUACGAGUACCCCGAUCGACGCGUUCUCGAGGACGCCGAUGGCAACAAAGAAGGCGUUGCUGGUAAGCUUCAAAUGGUCAGUGCUGUAACUCUCAGCUCGCAACCUGUGCACAGCUUCGACUGGCAUCCAGACAAGCUGGGCCUGGCCGUUGCCGGCGCCUUCGAUCAGAGCGUACGCGUGCUUAUCACUACAAAGUUGAAUACGCUUUAGAUUAUAGAAUAUUAA